GCCGUUGGCGGCGUCCGACUCUCAUGGCGGCCUCAAGUCUCCGAUCUCCAUCGGCAGCCCGCGGCGACCGUCGGAGAGCAACCUGGACUCUUUCAGCCGCCACUUCGAGAGCAUCAUGGAGUCUCACCGCGCCAAAGGCACCUCCUACAGCAGCCUGGACAGCGUGGACCUGCUGACCUCCGGAUCCACGUCCGUCUUCACCUUCGACCUGCCCACCCUCACGCCGGAGAUCCAGAGUCAGAUCUGCGAGAGCGCCAAGCAGAUCAUCGAGCUGAGCUUCGCCCCGCUGGCCCGGCCCGACCCCGCCGCCCCCUCGGAGACGUCCCGCUCCGAACUCACCCUCAGUGCCUCGGGGGCGGGACUCCGCGGCGGCUCCAAAGACGACCACGGCCCUCCGGUUCGCUCCAAGUCGGAGAAGGAGUCGUGGCGGCGCUCCAUCCUCAAAGACGGCUUCCGCAAGGCGAGCUCGGCGCCGUCGCUCCACAGCAGCCCCAGGUGAGUC